AUGAAAACAAUUUUUUUUUCUAGGUCAUUUGGUAUUAUUCUUUGGGAAAUGGUAACCUGUACAGUACCAUAUAAUAAGAUUGAUCCAAUAGCAGUUAUGUGGGGUGUGGCUAAAGGUACUUUGAAAUUACCGAUUCCACCAUCUAUACCUGAAGGGUUUAAAUUAUUAAUGACAAUGUGUUGGGAACAACAACCAUCAAAUCGUCCAUCAUUUCAGCAAAUAAUAAAACAUUUAGAUAUAAAAACACCUGAAAUAAUAUUAUUCGAACAAGAACAAGAAUAUGCUGAAUUAACACAUAUAUGUUCGACUGAAAUAAAUGAAAAUCUAUCAAAACUUCCAACAAUAGAUAUAUCAUCAAUACUUCAAUUAACAAAUGAUCAAUUAAUGGAAAAACGUAAAGAAGAAUUACAACAAAUUACUGAUAUACGUCGAUGUUAUGAAAUACGUACACAACAAAUAAAUACACUUUAUAUUGAAUUAAAAUCAUUAAUGAUACAAUUAGAAGAACGUGAACAAGUUAUUAAAAAAAAAGAACAUUUAAUUAAUAUUAAUGAAAAAAAACGAACUAUUAAUACAAUAUUAGAAGCAAGAAAAAAAUCAUUCGAAUUUAUUAAAGCUGCAACUAGAAAUUUAAAUGAUCCAAUUAAUUUAUUAUAUCAGAAAAAACGACAUUUUAAAAAAGAAAAUAAUCAAUCUUCAAAUAAUUCAACAUUAUUAUCAUCUUCAACAGUAACAAAUAAGCAAGAUUUAGGAAAUACAAAAAAUCAAAGCCGUCGUAAAAAAGGUCCUGGACAUCAUCGUACUAAUAGUAAGGAUAAUGCAACAUUAUGGACACCCCCGACUAUUUCAGCAAUUGAAGAUCAAGAAAAAAGACGUGCUUCAAUCAAUGAAACAGAUAAAAUAUUAACAACAGAUGAAAAAUUAAAUUCAUCUACUAAAAUAAUUUCUAUGACAACAAUCAAUUCUCCUUUACCAACUAUAUCAGCUAUUAUUGAUUCAAAAUCCAAUGAAAAUAAUCAGGAAUUGAAUCGAAAAAAUUUAAAACUUGACUUUGAUAAACCAAUGAAUGAAUUAAUAUAUCGAUCAAAUGAGCAACAAUCUUCGACUAAUCUUCCUAUUUUAUCGAGUAAAUUAUCAAAUAGUAGUUCAGAAUAUCGUGAUGAAACUCACUAUGAUACUUUCCCAAGACAACGUCGACGUCGUUAUAUAAAUAUAAAUAAUAAUAAAACAAAAUGCUCAUCAUUGAUAUCAUCACCUUCAACAAAAUUUAAUCCAUCAAAUAAUCAACAAUCAUCACAAAUCGAUGAUCAUUAUCGAACGGAUGAUUUGCGUAAACAUCCACCUUGUAUUAAAUUUCAUAUUUCAUCAUCAAUAAUAAAUGAUCGAAGUCUUCAACGAAAAACAAUAAAACAUAGUUCUUAUACGUCAUCUGAAGAAGGUGAAGUUGAAGAUAUGCAUAAUGAAAAUUAUAUUCUUGAUGACGAAAAAUAUCGUGCUAAACAUAAUCAUUCAUUUGAAAAUUGUUCAUCAGAAAGUGAAAUUUAUGGAAAAAAAACAAAUCAUUCGACAUUAAAAAAUGAUGGUAUGUUUUCUGAUGAAGGUGGUCAAAUUUCCGAUGAUCGACCUGAAUCACGCGAAUCAACAUUUAACAGUGAACCAGAACAUGAAUAA